CUGGGAGCCGAGGUCUCCGCCCGAGGUCAUCACAAUGGCCAGGGCCGUCUGUGACAUCACCAACAGCCAGCACUAUGCCCAGUCUCCCAGUUGCGAGCACAAACAGCCCACCAUGAGCAGCUUCCUCCCCCGCCUCUGGCCACCAUGCGGACGCUGACAUGGUUCUUGUUCUUGCCCCUGUGCGUCUCCUGUGGCUACGCCUUCAUGUUUUCUUCUCUGAGGGAUAAAGCCAAGGAGCCUCCGGGGAAGGUGCCCUGCGGAGGGCACUUCCGGAUCAGGCAGAGCCUGCCGGAGCAUGCCCAGGGCUGGCUUGGGAGCAAGUGGCUCUGGCUCUUUUUCGUGGUGGUGCUGUACGUGAUUCUGAAGUUUCGAGGAGAUAGCGAGAAGAGGAAGGAGCAGAGUCCGACCAGCCUUCGCGGCUGCUCCUCGCGCUCCCCGCUCAAGAAAGCGCAGACUGCUGCCCCCAGCAGAGACUACGCGCUCAACACCCUGACCCAGCUCGAGGUGGACCUCGUGAAGUUCGUGUCCAAGGUGCGGAACGCGAAGUCCGCCAUGGUGACGGGCAGCAACCUCAGGCUUCACUGCCCCGAAGUCAAUGCAGCCCCACACAGUGUCACGAUUUACGAGAUAUGGGGGGAAGAGGACUCGGAGUGAUUGGGGUUGUGUCGAAGGUGGAGCGAACGCAGCUGUGUGCUGCACACAGCUUGCAAACUAAUAAAACUAUUCUGAAGGAAAGGC